ACGUGGCAUUCGUUCGAACCCGCUCACGGGCCCUUUGAAAAUUUCUCCCGAUGACGGCGGCGGGUGGUGGAAAGAUGGCCGUGCGCUGAGGGGCUAGCCAGCUGAGCUGCAGCCAGCGACCACCACCGUCGGCGGUUGACAGGCCGCCCCAAAUUACUGGCUUCGCGUGGGCUGCGUCGCGCGGCCGCCGUGACGGGAGGGAAAAGGGAAAAUCGGCCGCGACCGCCGCCCCUUGGAGUUUCGGACCCGUGCCAGGGGUGAUGCGCUCCCGGGCAGCCGCCGUCAGCUGAGCGCAGCAGUACCAGUGCGACCCCGUCGUCGCCACCGCUGUGACGACGGCUAGCUCCCGAGCGCCAUGGAGGACAUCAAGAGUGACGCGGUACUCCACAUCGCCGAGAUCAUAACGGACCGGCUGUACUUUGCCACGGUGCGUAGCACGGUGAAGCCAGUUUCGGGUGGCCAGAACCACUUCUUCAGCAUCGACGAUGAGCUGGUCUACGAGAGCUUCUACGCCGACUUUGGCCCUCUCAACCUGGCCAUGCUCUACCGCUACUGUGUCAAACUGCAGAAGAAGCUGAAGUCGUACGCCCUGGCCCAGAAGAAGAUCAUCCACUACACGACCAGUGACGGCAAGAAGCGGGUCAAUGCGGCCUUUCUCAUGGGCUCCUACUCCAUAAUCUUCCUAAAGCGGACUGCUGAGCAAGCUUACAAGUCUCUCUGUGCAGGCAUCAUCACGCCAUACAUUUCUUUCAGGGACGCGUCGUUUGGGCCUUGCACGUACAACCUGAGUUUGCUGAACUGUCUGCGAGCCGUCGAGAAGGCGGUUCUCCACAAAUUCCUCGACUUUGAGACAUUUGACCUGGAAGAGUACGAGUACUACGAGCGGGUGGAGAAUGGCGACCUCAACUGGAUCGUGCCCAACAAGUUCAUCGCCUUCUGCGGGCCCCACCCCAAGAGCAAAAUUGAGAACGGCCACCCGUUCCACUCGCCGGAGACGUACUUCCCGUACUUUCGCGAGCACAACGUCAGCACUGUGGUGCGGCUGAACAAGAAGAUAUACGACGCCCGCCGCUUUGCUGACCAGGGCUUUGACCACAAGGACCUGUUCUUCGUGGAUGGCUCAACGCCCAGCGAUGCCAUCAUGCGCGAAUUCAUCGAAAUCAGCGAGAACACCCCUGGUGCCAUCGCAGUUCAUUGCAAGGCUGGCCUUGGCCGCACGGGUACCCUGAUAGCAUGCUACAUCAUGAAGCACUACCGCUUCACGGCGGCCGAGGCCAUCGCCUGGAUCCGCAUCUGCCGGCCAGGCUCCAUCAUUGGCCACCAGCAGCAUUGGCUCGAAGAGAAGCAGCACUACCUGUGGCUACAGGGUGACCUGCACAGGUCGCAGCUGAGUGGCAGCCAGCAGCAGCAGCAGCACGCCAACAACCUCAACAACAACCAGGCCGCCCACGGCAACACGGGGACCACCACGGGCAGUGCGCGGCGCUCGCUCUCGCCGCACAACCGCAGUGUGUCCCCGCCGGCCACGGCGAGCAACAACCGGCGCGGGUCGCCCCGGCGCGCCAUGCCGUCGGACACCGAGGGCACGGUCAGCCACAUACUGGGCCGCUUCCACCUGAGCGACAAGCGGGCACAGCAGCAGCAGCAGGUGGACCGGGCCAACAACAACACGAUGGCGGGCGACUCUGAGGAGGACCUGACGCAGGGCGACAAGCUCAUGCGCAUCAAGGCGCAGCGGAGGCACCCGCGCUCCCUCACAGCUGGCACUCCGCUCGCUGGCGAAGAAGGUCGUCCGCAGCGGCGAGCUUCCUCUCAGCCCCUGAAAAUAGGAGGCGGCGGGGGCGCUCCCUUGUCGACCCCGGGGGGCCCCUUUACAUCGUCGGUGGGCUAUGCCUCCCCGGUCAAGUCCCUGCGCACGGGAAGCCGCACCCCCACUGCGGCUGUCAACACGACGGGGCGUCGUCGCUCCCCCACUUCGCCUCCUGCACGCAGCCAUGGCUACAUGUGAUGCCCUUUCCACCACCUGGCCUGCUUUCCCUCUCCCAAAAUUUCCUGUCCCCCUCCUCUCCUGCUGGCCUGCCCUGCCACCUGUCUCACCUGUGCCUGCUUGCUUUAUUUCUUUAUUAUUACUUUUUUUUGUUGCUGCUGGUGUCUUCUUUUCUCUGUGACUAAACAUCGCCGAACGUUUUAGAAAAAUCCAGUUGCCGCCCAGGCCGUGUCGAGUCUGGCGCAGCUGACUUGGGCCGAGUGCUUAUAAAACACAUUGCAGCAA